UCUAAGAUGGCGGCGGAGCGCUGUGCGGGGGCGGCCGCCGGCCCCCUGCCCGGCCCGGAGCCCGGCCCGGCCCACGCCCCCGAAGAGGAGCUGCCGCCCCUGGAGCCGGCCGAGGUCCGCGGCCGCCUGGAGAGGAGCGCGCGGCAGUUCCGCAACCGGCGCAAAGUGCUCAUCCGCGGGCUGCCUGCCGACAUCGCCAACCAGGAAGUUCAUGAUCUGCUGAGUGACUACGAACUUAAGUACUGUUUUGUGGACAAAUACAAGGGAACUGCUUUCGUCACCUUGCUGAAUGGGGAGCAGGCAGAGUCGGCCAUUAAGAAAUUCCACCUGAGCAAGCUGCGAGACAAGGAGAUCACUGUGCAGUUGCAGCCGACAGACGCCCUCCUGUGCAUCGCCAACCUCCCCCAGCUUUACACCCAGCAGCAGUUUGAGGACCUGGUUCGGCCCUUUGGGAAUCUGGAGCGCUGCUUCCUGGUGUACAGUGAGAAAACAGGACACUCCAAAGGUUAUGGCUUUGUGGAGUACAUGAAAAAAGAUUCGGCAGCCAGGGCCAAAUCUGACCUGCUGGGCAAACAGCUGGGGACACGGACUCUCUAUGUUCACUGGACAGACGUCAACCAGUUGACCCUGGACCUUAUUCAUUCCAAGUGCUUAUGUGUAGACAAACUGCCCCACAAUUACAAUGAUGUUGAAGAGCUGAGGCGGGCCUUCUCAACCAUUUGCCCUCCGGUGUUCUGCCAGCUGGCCUGCGGUCAAGAUGGGCAGCUGAAGGGCUUUGUUGUCCUGGAAUAUGAGUCAGCAGAGAUUGCGGCAGUGGUUCAGCAGGUCACCAAUGGCAUGCCACUUGCUGGGAACCACAUCCGAGUCUCCUUCUGCGCUCCUGGCCCUCCUGGGCGAAGCAUGCUUGCUGCUCUGAUAGCUGCCCAGGCAACGGCACUUAACCGGGGGAAAGGGCUUCUUCCUGAGCCCAAUCUUCUUCAGAUUUUGAACAGCUUGGGGAAUUCAACAUCCAUCCAGCUCUUACUCAACCCUCUUCUUCAUGGAGCCAUUGGAGGAAAGCAAGGAAUCCUAGGAGCCCCUCCCUCAGUGCCUCUCCUGACCAACCCAGCGCUCUCCACAGCUCUUCUUCAGCUAGCACUCCAGAAUCAAACACAAGCACAGCAGAAGGCUUUGCUUGGAAACUUGCUCUUAGUGCAAAACCAGGUCUGGACACAGCUCCUGCAGAACAAGGAAAACCAGGCUGUAUUCCAUAAACCAGGGAUCUUGGGAGAGUCUCCGCUGGGCUCCUUGCAGCACGGGGCUCUGGGGUUGCCAAACACGCCAGCUUCUCAAGCAGGGAAUCAGUUGCUGGGCGAGAUGCUUUCAGGUGGCUCUUUGCCUGCAGAUGUCGCUCCAGGGCCUGUGAAAUCUCCAGUCAUGCCUUCAGGGAGCAUGCCCGUGCCUUCCUUUCUGGGCCCAAUGGGAAUGGAAAGGGAGAACUCUGUAAUGGGAUCACAGCCCCCUCAGGUGAUGCCUCCAGGCCUGCAAGGGCUUACCACCUCCCUCUUGGGAUCUGUAAUCAGCGGGCUUCAGAAACCGAAGCAUACGGAUAACGGGCCUCCCUCAUCUGGGGUGUCUCUGCUAGGAGAACCGCCAAAGGACUUCAAGAUUCCUCUUAAUCCAUACUUAAAUCUGCACAGCCUUCUCCCCACAAGCAAACUUGGAGGCGGAGCCAACAAAGCAUUCAGCCUGAAGGCAGGUGUGCUCGGCAGUGCCUCCAAUCCCAGAAUUCCACAGGCUUCCAUGCCAGACUCUGUGCUUCCCUCUUCUGGGCUGGCAGGAGACAGCUGCGCAUUUGACUAUCAGCCAGUGUCGUCGCCUGGCUUUGAGCGGAACAGCCUGGGGGCUCCUCUGCCUCCCUUCUAUUCUGGAUCUCCAACUUCCUAUUUCACCAGUGGCCUUCAAGCUGGACUCCGGCAGAGCCAUCUCAACAAAGCUGUUGGGAUGCCCCCUGUGGGCGCAGGAGAGAGUCUGCUUGGACUUGGACCAAGCGGCCAUUCACAUGGCACCCACUCAAAGACUCCAGUUGGUGGCCAGAAACGAGCCUUUUCCCACCUGCUUCCUUCACCGGAGCCCAGCCCAGAAGGCAGCUACGUUGGCCAGCAUUCUCAGGGCCUGGGAGGGCACUACGCAGAUUCCUACUUGAAGCGAAAGAGGAUAUUUUAAUCAGUUUUGCUACUGAAGCACUCGCUUCUCCUCCCCGCCCCCAACCCAAAUGUGUAAAUUUUGUACAAUGUGGGUUUUUUAAAUGUUUUGCUUUAGAUUUUUUUUAAAGCCUCUUUGAAAAGGACUUGAUUUCAGACAGAGAUGAGUACCUACUGGAUUUUGAAGCAAACGCAGUGAAUCCCCAGGGGACGGUGCCUUUCGGGAGCAAAUGCCUCUCUUCCUAGGUUAGGCCAGUUGGGCUGCAGUGACCCUCUCCGAACUGCUGUCCAUCUGUCAGCUGGACCAAAAUGAACCU